AUGGAGAACUCGUCUCGGUGGAAAGAAACUGAGGAGAUUUACUCCAUUCUCUUGACGCGUGGAGAGGAUCUAAAAUGGCGUUCAUCACUCGAGAGCCGCAACUUACAACAUAGGUACCUCGCGAAGGGGUUUUCCCUGUCUUUUCAGGAUAUUGAAGGAAUCCGGAAAUCGAUGCUGGUGCAAAUGUUGAAUUCUCUAGUGAGCGAAGGGACGAACUUCUUGUCUUGUUAUGCAUUUUCGGAGAGAUUGAACCGGGACGUGUGGGUCAGAAUCGGUGACUUUGAUAACUCAGUCUCGUUGUAUGGCCCAUGCCUCCCAGCUCAUCGCGGCUACCCCUGGUGGCUAAGAAUUCACGACGACUCAGAUCCACGAGAGUUACUAUACUCUCUGUGGAGAGUUUGGCGAGGUCUCACGGUAGACCAUGAGAACCAGUAUUCUGAAGCCAGGCUUCUGGAUGAAUCCACCCAUGAACCCACGCAAAGAGCCAGGCUGGCAGUCGCAACGGCACCUGUUAAAGAAAUUAACGGCAUUGGAUUUAUAGACAAAUACGACUUAUCUCCAGAGACCCCUUCCACCAUCGGAAGGCUCCCAGCCGUUACUACUCCUUUCGACACUUCUCUUUUCGGCAUGCCUAAACCAGGCCUCGAUAACGUGCUAACAAAUUUGGAGAAUACCAUGCCUGCCGUCAGAGCAGACGAUGUCUUUAUUGAGGAUUUUGAAACAGUUUGUGAUUUUCUAAAUCUUUUACGAUGCAUUUUCCAUGUGCGAACACUUCAAGUUGGGCCUGAUCGUGCUUCAUCCGAGUUUCAUCGACUAGGCGCCUGGAAAUUACUUAUGCGACCAGCCUUGGCAGAGAGAGAAUAUCUCGUUACCCAAGGUUAUAUUGAGGAAUGUUCCUUGAAACUUGACGGCUUUGGGAAUAUGGAGUCGAUGAUGAAUUCGGAUUUUAUGGCAGCAUUCUGGGCUCGUGACGAGUUCCGUCUUUGCGAUUCCCUCGAAAUACAAUGCAAUGCCCCUCUUCUAGACUGGGAUGCAUCAGAGGGGCCUCUUCAGUAUGAUAUCAACACGCGCUUCAACAUCCCUGAAGAAAGCCUUGAGGGAUCCAAAAUACUUGUCAGCUCCACUCGACCAGCUUUCCUAAGGGUGCUUGCCAAGAUGGAAGUUGGAAAAAAUAUACGAUCACAAUUCAGACUUUCUACCGGCCUCGUUGAUUUUUCGCAAGGCGCCUUGCCUACUGGCAAAUCACAGUCAUUGUACCACUUGGUAGCAUUGAUUCCUCAAAAAGAGGAUGGGCACUGGGACCGGAUCAGAAGAUUCAAGCCCGGUGCCCGUUUAUUCUAUUACUGUCCUUCUUCAACAAUGAGCAUCUUGAUUUAUGCUUUGUGUGACACCGAGUCUAUGCCAUAUCUCAAUCAACGAGGAAAGCCUGCUGUGCCUGAGCAGAAGGGGUCCUCGGACACCAUUGGCCAGAGCUCGGGGCCAAACGUCUUUGCGUCAGCUACACCUACAUCUGGCGUCCCUCCCAUCACACCGAAUCCGUCCGUUGCUGUACCCUUUACACCAGGGGGGGUGCCUCAGCCAACUGUGAAAGCUUCAGCUACACCUACAUCCAGCAUCCCUCCCAUCACACCGAAUCCAUCGGUUGCCACACCUUAUAAACCAGGGGUGGGGGGAACGGAGGGCAACACCAAGGAGGUCGUCGUCGGCGUGGAUAACAAUAUCAAGCUUCCUACUACGGUGUAA